AUGCUGGCACUGAAAUGUGCGUUACAUAGCGUUCGUUAUACGUAUACUGACUGUACUAGCAUCAUAUGUUUUGACCGGUAUUGGGAAUUCAGGACUAAAAGAUCUCUUUUUUUUUGCGUUGUGCUCGUGAUAUCGAUGGCGCCUCCCAGAAUUGUCAUCUGCGGCCCUCCCGCCGGUGGCAAGGGUACCCAAUGCGAACUGCUCGUGGACAAGUACGGCAUCGUGCAUCUUUCCACAGGCGACAUGCUCCGGACGUCGAUUCAGGCAGGGACCGAAAUCGGCUUGCAUGCAAAGAGCUUCAUGGACGCUGGUGAACUGGUUCCAGACGACGUGAUCAUUCGCGUGAUCCUCCAUCGCUUGGAAGAACAGGAUUGCGCCACCAAGGGCUGGCUCCUCGACGGCUUCCCCCGCACACGCGUCCAAGCCGAGGCGAUGCUGGCACACCAGAUCGUGCCCACUCUCGUGAUCGUGUUGGACGUUGCCGACGACGAGGUCGUUACGCGUAUUUCUGGCCGACGAGUGGACCUGGACACAGGCAAAACAUACCACUUGACGUUCAACCCACCGCCGCCGGAACUCCACGACAAAGUCGUCCAGCGAUCCGACGACACGGAGCUCACGAUUCGUAAUCGGCUGGCCAAGUACCACGACAACUGCGGCACCGUCCUCGCGACGUUUGAGGCCACGUCCAAUAUCUUGAUCGUGGACGGAACCAAACCCAAGGAUGAGAUCGCCGCCCUCGAAUUCGCCGCCGUAGAUGCUUCUUUGUCUUUGCAAUAA